AUGUACCUGAGACUGCAUCUGACGAUAGCAGAGUACGAGGAGGAACUUUGUCGUUCAAAAGAGAAGAACGAGCGACAACAGAAACUACUGGACGCUGUUUUCAACCCUCAGCUUCGGUUACACAGAGCAGAGCUCCCACAGCAACAUGUCUGUAAGGAGGAGGAGGUUCUCUCUGACCAGGAGCUCAACAUGCCAGUUAUAACCUCUGUGGUAUCAGAAGCAAACAGUGACCACCAGCUCCUCUCUCACAACUCUCAUGAAGCUGAGAGCCACGAUCAGAAAGGAAGCAAGCAUGGAGACUCAGGAUCAACUACAAAUGCAGAGCCAGAACCAAAGAAGAGACGACGCAAGAGCAGAAGUCACAAGCUCCCACAGCAACAUGUCUGUAAGGAGGAGGAGGUUCUCUCUGACCAGCAGCUCUGUAUUCAAGAGAGGAACUCCAGUCUGGACCAAGAGGACCCAGAGCCUCCACAGAUUAAAGAGGAACAGGACGAACUGUUCACCAGUCAGGAGGAAGAGCAGCUUGUACUGAAGCAGGAGAUGGAUAACUUUCGUCACAGUAACAUCGUAAACAACACCAACAUGUCAGAGAUUCACAUCAAUACUCAAACAGAUGUCCAGCAGCUGUCAGUGGUUAAAGCAGAGGUUCCCCUUGAGCAGCAGGAGUGGAGCUCCAGGCUGGAGGAGGCUGAUAUCAAGUUGCCGUUCACUUCUGUCCCUGUGAAGAGUGAAGAUGAUGAAGAGAAAGCUCAGUCCUCACAACUUCAUGAAAGCCAAACUGAAGAGAACAGAGAGGCAGAGAGAACAGGAGCUGAUGGAGAGGACUGUGGAGGACCAGAACCAGCCAGGAACUCAGAUCCAGAUAAUCCUUUACAACCAGCUACUCAUGACAAGACUUCAGACUCCUCUGAAUCUCAGACUGAUGCCAGCGGUGUUUUGGAGGAGACUAGGGAACCUCAGUCAGGUUUAAACUCUCUGCAAAACAAUGAAGUAGCUGUAAGUGAUGUGGAAUGUAAUACUGGAAACACAUCAGUUAGCUCCUCUGAAUGUGCUGGAAGCUUUGGCCGCAAGAAACAUCUGCAGAAACCCUCUGGAGUCCAAACAGGAGUGAAACCAUUUUGUUGCUCAGUUUGUGAGCUCCCACAGCAACAUGUCUGUAACGAGGGGGAGGUUCUCUCUGACCAGCAGCUCUGUAUUCAGGAGAGGAACUCUUGUCUGGACCCAGAGCCUCCACAGAUUAAAGAGGAACAGGAGGAACUGUGCACCAGUCAGGAGGAAGAGCAGCUUGUACUGAAGCAGGAGAUGGAUACCUUUCGUCACAGUAAUAAUGUAAACAACACCAACAUGUCAGAGAUUCACAUCAAUACUCAAACAGACGUCCAGCAGCUGUUGGUGGUUAAAGCAGAGGUUUCCCCUGAGCAGCAGGAGUGUGAGACUAAUGACUGGGAGGAGACUAGGGAACCUCAGUCAGGUUUAAACCCUCUGCAAAACAAUAAACUAGUUGUAAGUGAUGUGAAAUGUAAUACUGGAAACACAUCAGUUAGCUCCUCUGAAUGUGCUGGAAGCUUUGGCCACAAGAAACCUCUGCAGAACCACUCUGGAGUCCAAACAAGAGUGAAACCAUUUUGUUGCUCAGUUUGUGGUAAAAGAUACCUUAUGAAGAAGACCUUAACAACUCACAUGAAACUUCAUUCAGAAGAAAAAUGUUACACCUGCUCAGUUUGUAAAGCAAGUUUCUGUAAGUCUGGCAAUUUGGUUAAACACAUGAGAAUCCACACAGGGGAGAAACCAUUUAGUUGUUCAAUUUGUGGUAAAAGAUUCACUCAAAAGCAAAAUCUGAAACCACACUUGGCUGUCCACAUGGAGGAGAAAACAUUCAGUUGCUCAGUUUGUAGUAAACGAUUUGCACUAAAGCAAUAUCUGAAAAAACAUUUGAGCGUCCACAUGGGAGAGAAAUAAUUAUUUGUUAAAGGUGCAAUAUAUAAUACUGACAGCCAAGGUUUAAAAUGGUUACUGCAGUCCAAAUUCAGAAUACUGGAGAGAGCUGGCCCCUCCUCCUCAGACUCAAAGUUUAUAGGGUUGCCAGGUUGAGAACGCUGAACCCAAUGUCCCACAAUGUCAAUCAGUAUGUUUACGUGCACGUAAUAUUCAGUUUUUUGCCUUAAUUCCGAAAAAGACGAUAUUCCGACUAAGCUGUUUACGGGGCAAAUGAAAGUGAGUAUUCCACUAAUAUUCCCAUUUCCAUGUAGCCGUGCAAAACAUUCCAAAGUUUACCUUUGCACGGUCAAAUUCCUCCCUACAUCUCUGACUUGAUACAGCUUCAUACUCCAACCCGUAGUCUGAGGUCAUUAGAUCUGAGGCUAUCAGUGGUUCCCUAAACUCAUGUUAAAACUAGAGGGGAUCGAUCAUUCCAAGCAGUGGCUCCUAGGCUGUGGAAUGUCUUGCCUCCCUAUUCUGUCAAAUCUUUUAACCCCUUGUGUUGUCUUCCCGUCAACCUUGGAAAAAAAAGUUAUAAAUUGUUAAAUAUUUCCUCUACACAUUUUUAGCGCCUAUUUCUACAUCCCAUAUUUUCUGAUAUAAAACAAAAACGGGUCAAUGUGACCCAAAGUCAACACAAGGGAAGCAAUUGAAGACUCUGCUAUUCAAGCAGGCUUUUAGUUAGUCAAGGGGAUUUUUUUUACGUUUUUUUUUCUUUCCUAUUUGUAUUUAAAUGUUC